CAGUUUCACCAACAGAAUAAAAUUAAUCAAUUUCUUGAAUCACUCACUUUUAUUAUUAUUAUUGCAUUGGUUUUCAACGUAAAUUCCAGUCAUGUCCUGUAAUCACUGUUCAACAAAAUUCAAUUUCUUUCAUAAAGAAAUGGGCUGUGCUAGUUGUAAUUUAUCGUUUUGCAAUAAAUGUUUAAAGCAAAAAUGUAGAAUACCAAGUAAAGGACCUGGUGAAUACUCGGUUUGUAGAAUUUGUCAUUCGAAAAUUACAUCGGGUCAAUCAACUACACAGCAAAACAUUCAACCACCAGACGCUUUUAUUAAACGACUUGAAGCCUUAGAAAAUAAUCACCAAACUCCUGUGAGCAUUGUAAAAAAUGAACAAGAUCAAACCACAAAAUCAACUUUAUCGCCUAUUGAUCAACGAUUAUUGGAAAGAUUGGAAAAUUUAAAAGAUAAAGGUACAGGACCGCCUCCUACAGAAGCUGAAUUAAGACAACGUUUGGCUGCAUUAAAAGGUGAAAAUAGUUAUGUCGAAGGACCUAGUAAAGCAAUUUUAGCAAACGACUUUAGGACAGAUGAACAAAAAGUAGAUGCAUAUUUAGAGAUGUUUACAGCUGAACGAGACAUAGAAUUAGCUCAAAACCCUGAGGAAGAAUUAGAAGCAAGGUUGGCAACAUUACGAGGACAAGGUGUUCGACCGAACGAAAAUUCUUAUAUCAGUAAUUUACACGACGAUUCUAGUUCGGAUUCAGAAGAAGAAGUUGGCAAAAUAACUAAAAAGAUAAUGGCUGAAGUAGCUUUGGACAAAAAAUAUGAAUUAAAACUUCCAUGUCCCGAAAACGAGGAAGAAUAUGAAGAAGAACUACCGUGGUGUGUUCUUUGUAAUAAAGAUGCUAAAUAUCGAUGUAUAGAUUGCGGUGGAGAUCUUUACUGUCAAAAAUGUAAUUUGGAAUUACACUCUAGCUGGGAUGGAACAGCUCACAGGAUAAUUAAGUACACACCAUUCAAAUAAUUAAGAUAUUUUUAAGUAUAUUACUAUAUAAAUUAAUAAUUGAAU